AUGACAGAAGGAAUCCUCACCCAACCCACUGCUCGCGUUCCCUUUGGCCAAGCCAUGCGCAACAGGUACUUUCUCCUCGACCCGGCCUAUGUGAAUCUCAACCACGGCUCCUUCGGGAGCACAGUGCGCCCCGUCCUCGACACCCUGCGCGCCUUUCAAGACGCCUCGGAGCGCGCGCCGGACCGUUACAUCCGCUACGAGUACCCGCGCCUGCUCGACACCUCGCGCCACGCCGCCGCGGCCCACCUGCGCGUGGACCCUGACGAGCUGGUGCUCGUCGCCAACGCCACGACGGCCGUCAACGCCGUGCUCAGAAACCUCGCUCCGCAGUGGGGCCCAGGCGAUGUCGUUCUGUUCCUUGACACCGUGUAUGGCGCCACGCGCAAGACCAUCGACUGGGUGGUUGACACAUCGCCGGUCGAGAAAAUGUGUGUCACCUUUGCGCUGCCGGCCUCGUAUGUGACGAUCCUGGAUGCCUACCGGGAAGCCUUUGCGGAAUGCGCGCGGCAGGGUAAAAGCGUGCGUAUAGUAGUGUUAGAGACGAUUCCCAGCUUGCCAGGUGUGAGGCUCCCCUUUGAGGACAUGAUCCGAGUUGCACGCGCCGAGGGCGCUCUGACCCUAGUGGAUGGUGCUCAUGCCAUAGGGCAUUUCCCAUUUGACCUCAGGAGUCUCGACCCGGAUUUUUUCACCUCUAAUUGUCACAAAUGGCUGUACACCCCAAGAGGCUGUGCAAUCCUCUACGUCCCUCUCCGCAACCAGCACCUCAUGCGCUCCUCCCUACCUACGUCGCACUGGUACCAGCCUCUCCUCCAGCCAGGGGACCAAGUAGCGCCGCCGAUGCCCAACCCCCUGCCACCAUCUGACAAGAGCAACUUCGUACAGCAGUUUGAGUUCGUUGGCACCGUCGACAACGCCGCGCUGCUGUGCGUACCGGCCGCGCUGCAGUUCCGCCGCGAUGUGUGCGGUGGUGAAGAUGCCAUCAUGCGCUAUUGCUGGGAUCUAGCCGCACAAGGGGGAGCCGCGGCAGCUCGCAUCCUGGGGACAGAGGUCAUGGACAACGCACGGGGCGAACUGCGGCACCAGUGCUCCAUGGUCAUGGUUCGCCUGCCCCUGGAGAUGAGAAAGAAGGAGGAGGAGGAGGAAGAGCUGACCGGCUGCGGACAGACGGGUGCUCUCCAGAUCCAGAGCUGGAUGUGCGAGGAAAUGGUCAGUAAGCAUGGCACCUUCAUCGCCAUCCUCUCCUACCGGGGUCAAUGGUGGGCGCGCUUCUCGGCCCAGAUCUACCUGGACACAUGCGAUUUCGAGUGGGGCGCUCGCGUUCUUGUGCAGCUGUGUGCGGAAGCGGCUGUGACAUUUCGAGAUGCGAUCUUGACUUCCUGUGCCUAA